AUGGGACAUGGAAGCACGCAAAGGAGAUGGUAUACUCUAGCUUUCCAUUUUUGUCAAAGUUUGCAACUCAGGAAGGAACCUUUUGGUGGUUGCAUGAGUACAAUGGAGGCGGUUGCACGGUGUUUACGAGUUCUUGAACCAAAUGGGGUAGACAUUGAGGCCAAGUUGAUUAGCGUUUUGAGAACAAUGGUCAGUUUUCAGGCUUCCUUCUUAAAACCUUUAAAGCCAAGGCCCAAGUUGUUGAAAACACGUAAAGAUGAUGAGAAAAAGAUAAGUUGA